AUGGAUGCUCUCGUUGCCAAACAGAAAGGACUGCAAAUGAUGCCCGAUGCUUUACGGAAUAUUGACGCCAUUGGAGCCGACGUGAUUCUUGCUACUGUUUUGUUUCUCAUCAACUCAGAGCUCAUUGAGUCUGGCUGGCAAAGUUGGCGGCCUCAUCUCGAGGGCGCGAAGAAGCUUUUGAAUAUGAUAGAACCAUAUACUGGCUCCGACACAACUCUGAGAGACUAUAUUGUUGCGGACUGCUAUGUCUAUUGCACAUUGAGCUUGUCUUUCAACCCAUCACAACCAGGCACCCAGGCAGCAUCAUUUGCACCAAAUCAAGUCAAGGAAACAUUAUCGCGAACCAACAACUCUUUCUUCUGUUGCCCACCUGAAGUUCUCGACAUCCUCCGUGAGACGGCACAACUCUUACAUGCUGAAGCCCAAGGGAACGUCUCCAGCAAUGAAGCGCUUAUCGAAUUCACCAAUCUACUAGACCGCGUACAACGUCUCGAUGUCCUCAAAUGGGCAAAGGAAAGAAUGCCAGAUGCAAGCAAAGCUGCCCUAUGGAGUAGUGCCCGAACUGGCUCCGCGCACAGAUUGGCAACAUGUCUCUACAUCAUCCAGGCAGCUCCCGCACUGCGAGCCAGGAUGCCAGACCAAGUUCCCAAAACACUCAUCCAGGAUCUUUACGAGACGCUCCUACCACAGCCUGACGAAGACCCAAACUUCAAAGCCACGGGCUGGCCCACCUUUAUUUAUGGGACAACGGCAACGACUCCGGAGAGCCGGACGUGGGUUAUGGAUCGACUGAAGGCGGUAGCGCAAAUCAACCCGUGGGGAUUCCUAUACUCUGCGAUUGAUACGUUGCAGAUUUUGUGGAAGCAUGAGAAUGGCGAGGAUGGAUGUAUGAACUGGUUGCAGAAGCUGAAGGAUUUGAACGUGGACUUUUUGAUGGUUUAG